AUGUAAAGAACCCGAAAUACUCUUACGUAAGAAAAAAAGGGGAAAAAUUGAAAGCACCUGAAAUCGGAGUGCCACCGGAGAUAAUAACUCCCGGCGAUUUCAGCAACGUUUCCGGUUCAAGCAGUUUGAGAAAUCAGUUGCCGGAGAACGAACGGGGAGAUUCAUCGGAACCCUAGAUCGAAUCAGUUAAAUCUCUGUUGCAUUAGGAGCCAAGUCAUGCACCACUAUACUAAUUAUGAAAUGGUAGAGAAUAUCCACUUCCAGAUUUAGCAAGGCAAAGCUAAUGUAUUAUGAGUUCUGACCUUCAACAUAAUAACCUGUUCGAUUAUCUGAUUUGCAUAGAUAUGAAGGAUAUUAUCUAUGAUGAUUUGCAGUAGCACCAUGGCUAAAUCCGGAGCAGAUGAGAAGAUUCUCAGCUACAACGAUGUCGUUCUUCGGCGAUCAGAUUUGGACAUUCUCAAUGGUCCUAAUUAUCUCAAUGACCGCAUCAUUGAGUUCUAUUUUAGCUAUCUCAGCUCACUCUUUCCAUCUGACGACAUAUUACUGGUACCACCUUCUAUUGCUUUCUGGAUUAAAGAGUGUCCUGAUCCUGAAAGCCUGAAGGAUUUCAUGGAACCACUUCAUCUUUCUGGAAGGAAGUUGAUUCUCUUACCUAUAAACGAUAAUUCUGACGUGUGCAUGGCUGAAGGUGGGAGUCAUUGGAGCUUACUGGUUUUUGAUAGGAACUCCAAUGUAUUUGUACAUCAUGACAGCAGCUCCGGGUGCAUGAAUGAGUAUCAUGCCAAACAAGUAUACAAGGCUACUCUUCCCUAUAUAUCAUCCAAUGCCACUUAUAAAGAGUGUCCAAACAUGCCAAAGCAAGUCAAUGGUUAUGAUUGUGGCGUGUAUGUCUUAGCUAUUGCAAGAGUCAUCUGUCAGUGGUAUGCAGGCAGUGGAACUCAAGAUGCAGAUACUCUGUGGUUCUCCCAUUUAGAACAGGUCAGUCCAAGUGCUGUUUCUGUGAUGCGUAAUGAUAUUCUUGUGCUAAUAAAAGGUCUGAUGGCUUCACCCAAGACUGUGGCGUGAUGCUGAAUGAUGUGAGUGAAAACCGUGCAACAAGUUAAAAAUCCAGCAGAGAUCCAAAAAACUAGGUGAGGUCGAAAUUCCAGCAGUGACAAAUGUGAAGUUUGGUAGUCAGUUAUCUCACAAUUUUGUUGGACUUCAGGAAAGAUUUGCUAUUUCAAAAGAAAGCUAAUGGGAAAAACUAGGAAUAUAGUAUCUCCAUUUUAAUAAAAUAAUAUCUUCAUUGUUGAAAAGACAAAGUGGUGUAAUCUAUAUUAGAUGAGACAUCCUUGGUUUUGAUCAAGCCUUGGUGCACCUUCUCCCUAAUUAAGUGUCAAUCUAUCUCUAUUUGCUU